CCCUUAAUCCUCUACGAACACAAAGCAUAACAAACCAAAGCAUCAAUGGCGUCGUUUCACAGUGGAAAAUCCAUCUUCUUGAAGCUCUUUGUCUUGUUUCUGCUACUUGUUCUUCCCUUGUCUCAAAGCAACGCUACUCGUAUCCCAAGAGCUCCUAUUAGCUCGAGAAGACCGAUUUGCCCUGCUUGUGUGUGUUGUGAGCCAGCUCCGCUAGGAAGUUGCUGCAGAUGUUGUGCAUCUCCUAUUGUCACUCAAACUCAUCACCACUCUCAAUCUCCAUGAAAAUGUAACAUAAAAAAGCCUGACUUGGUACCC